UCAUUUAGGGAUGUUGAUUACAGACCGGUACGUUUGGUGAAGUUCCAAGCCCAGACUUUUUGACUCCGUACAGUACGACUGAAAAUGUACAAACCGUUUGUUCUAUUGUGCUGAUUUGGCUGAAGUCAACUACCCGACCGAGAGAGAAGGAACAGGACUUGCAUAAUGUCUGGCGUGGCAUCAACGUUGGCCAAGAAGAGGGCAUUGGCUGCAGGAUUUGGUACUAAUGCCAACGCGACAAAGUACCUAAAUCAAGACUUCCAAACACUGAGGACCGAGUGUCUGAGUAGGGGUUCGCUAUUCACGGAUCCCACUUUUCCAGCCGCUCCUGAAUCUCUGGGAUUUAGAGAACUCGGCCCAACUUCCUCCAAAACCAGAGGUGUACAAUGGAAGCGACCAGGGGAACUAGUGUCCAAACCAGAGUUCAUCGUUGGCGGAGCCUCCAGAACAGAUAUCUGCCAAGGUGGUCUGGGUGACUGUUGGCUCUUGGCUGCCAUCGCCUCUCUGACCCUCAACGAAGAUGUCAUGGCCCGGGUUGUUCCCACUGGGCAAGGCUUCGGACGCAGCGAAUACGCCGGCAUCUUCCACUUUCAGUUCUGGCAGUUUGGGGAGUGGGUGGACGUGGUCAUAGAUGACCGGCUGCCGACAAAGGACGGAGAGCUGCUGUUUGUCCACUCAGCCGAAGGCUCUGAGUUCUGGAGCGCCCUGCUGGAGAAGGCCUACGCCAAGGUGAAUGGUUGCUAUGAGGCUCUGUCUGGAGGCUCCACCACUGAGGGCUUUGAGGACUUCACAGGAGGGAUUGCGGAGAACUACGAGCUCCGAAAGGCUCCGUCCGACUUGUUUCAGAUCAUCAAGAAAGCCCUGGAAAGUGGAGCUCUGCUUGGCUGCUCCAUUGAUAUCACCAGUCAAGCAGACUCCGAGGCCAUCACCUAUCAGAAGUUGGUGAAGGGACACGCCUACUCUCUGACAGGGGCUACUGAGGUGACCUACCGUGGCCGCAAAGAAAAGCUGGUCAGAGUUCGUAACCCCUGGGGUACGGUGGAGUGGACCGGGGCCUGGAGUGACAGCUCCUCUGAGUGGAACAGCGUGGAUGAGUCAGAGCGUGAAAACGUGAAGGCAGAUGAUGGAGAGUUUUGGAUGUCGUUCACAGACUUUACAAGGAAUUACCAUCGUCUGGAGAUUUGCACUCUGACCCCUGACACCCUGACUGCGGAUGAUGUCAAACAUUGGAGUGUGUCCAACUUUGAUGGUGCCUGGAGGAAAGGGUCCACUGCUGGAGGAUGCAGGAACAAUCCCUACACGUUCUGGAUGAAUCCCCAGUUCAAGAUCAAGUUGGAUGAGGAGGAUGACGACCCGGAUGAUAACGAGGUGGGCUGUAGCUUCGUUGUGGGACUCAUCCAGAAGAACCGGAGACGGAUGAGGAAAGUAGGAGAGGACAUGCUGACCAUCGGGUUCGCCAUCUAUGAGGUGCCCCAGCAGUUCCACGGCCAGACAGAGGUCAAACUGGAUAAGAACUACUUCCUGACUCACGCUCAGAAGGCCCACUCUGAGACCUUCAUCAACCUAAGAGAGGUCAGCACGCGCUUCAAACUGCCCCCAGGAGAAUAUCUCAUUGUGCCCUCCACCUUCGAACCCAACCAGAACGCAGACUUCUGCCUACGAGUGUUCUCUGAAAAACAGCACGAAACUCAACACUGUGAUGAUCCUAUUGAGGCUCACCUAGAUGAUGACACAGUGUCAGAGGAUGAGGUUGAGUCGUCAUUCAGGAGCUUGUUUACAAAGCUAGCUGGAAAUGACAUGGAGAUUUCAGCAGUUGAGCUUCAGAGUAUUUUCAACAAAAUCGUUGCUAAACGGACCGACAUAAAGACGGACGGCUUCAGCAUGGACACCGCCAGAGUCAUGGUCAACCUCAUGGACGACAACGGAAACGGUAAACUGGGCCUGGGUGAGUUUGCUACACUCUGGAAGAAGAUCCAGAAAUACCUGGCCAUCUAUAAGAAGAAUGACAUGGAUGGGUCUGGAACCAUGAGUACCCCUGAGAUGAGGAUGGCCUUAAAGGAAGCAGGGUUCACUCUGAACAACAGCAUCCAUCAGGCCCUGGCAGUGCGCUUCGGAGAGGCGGAUAUGACCAUCGACUUCGAUAACUUUGUGGCCUGUGUAAUGAGGCUCGAGAUGAUGUUCAAAGUCUUCUGGAAGCUUGACAUGGAUAAUUCUGGCAAUAUUGAAUUGGAUUUCUUCCAGUGGUUGUCAUUUGCGAUGAUCUAGAAGACAGCUGCAUGUCAAAUGAAGACCAAAACACCAUCUGUUAAA